AGCCCCUCUGGAGGCUUCUGAAGUCAGCGCUCACAUCAGACCAGUGUGCAAUAAAUAGCCCGUCCUUUCUCCCACCGAACGAACCGGCGCCCAGCCCUGAUCACCAGCGAUCAUGUCUGCAUUCCAGGCCGUGAAUACUGCAACGACAACACUCGCCCUGCCCGACCAUCCAGCAUCCCGCCCUGGCGAGGAGACGACGCCGACGACGCCGCGGCCAAACAGUCGAUUCUUUCCCGAUGCACACCAACCGCUGCAGCCUCCAGAAGACCCACGUAGCGAAGACCCGUCCGCGAAGACACCGACCCGUAACAGUUUUGGAGGACUUGCAGCGCAACGGCCGUUACCGUCCUCACCCUUCACCCCCCAGCGCGAGAUCAGUGAAGCCCCGAGCCACAAGAGCGACCCCAGCCAGGAGAGUGCAUUAAGCCGCGGGAGUUCACACAGGUCGACACAUUCUGUGGGGUCUUCACACGAUAUAGAAAUGGGUGGGGACGACGAAGGUCGGGAUGGCUCGGAUAAUGAAAGUACAACCAGCGAUGUCAAUAGGCCGUCGAAGAAGAAGAAAGGCCAGAGGUUCUUCUGUACGGAAUUCCCGCCUUGCCAGCUGAGCUUCACCAGAAGCGAACAUUUGGCACGACAUAUUCGGAAACAUACUGGUGAACGACCUUUCCAAUGCCACUGCUCACGCAGAUUCUCACGCCUCGAUAAUCUUCGACAACAUGCGCAGACGGUUCACGUGAACGAGGAUAUCCCCGGAGACUCACUGGCCGCCACGGGGACUCGAUUCCAACGACAAAUCAGGACCGAUCGUGUGCGCCCACCGGGACGGUCGCGAGCCAACACGCUGGGUAGUCAGGGUGGGCACAGUAGAGGGCACAGCAGGAAUCUGUCGGCGUCUAGUAUUGCAUCCACCGCUUCAACCAUGAGCAUAAGCCAGCCGGCGGAUGCGAGGCGCCGGCCCCCACCCCUCGCAAUAGCUAACGACCCUGCUGCCAGGGCUAGGAUAUCUAUCAAUACUCAUGACGCCUACAACCCGCCUCUAAUGGGCAGUCCUGGACCCCAGAUCGUGGACUACGGCGCCCAAUCUGUGGAAGUUUCGACGCCCACUUCGGCGACCUUCUCGACGGCCGCUACGGGCAGCCCAGGUAGAUACCCUCAAGGCUUCCAGUCACCCGCAUCCAGUGCCUCGAGACCUGUAUCGUGGGGUGGUGCAGCAAUGCCGCCUGGCCGUCGGCUAUCUGUUCCCUCAGGCAACAAUCCGUUCUCGGGUCCUCCUCCUGGCCAGAUUCCUCAGCCGUACAUCACUCCUCUGCCGUCCUCGACCUCGUCGACAUUUUCCAGCCAGAGCAGCGCUUUCGGAAGUCCAACGUCAUCCCAGUUCACGGAGUCGAGGAGGGAUUCAAAUGCGGGCGGUGAUUCGGACUGGCGAAGACGUACUUGGCAUCCUGGGACAUACUCUGGACCUCGGCCCGCAACCAGUGGAUUGGGAUACUACCAAACUCCAGACGCACCUCGCCCGACAUACACCUCCCAGCCCGCCGCCAGCCAGACGACACGCCUUCCUGGAAUUGAGAGCUUCGACCAUGCCCCUCCCCCGCCUAUCCUUCAACGUCGCCCGAGCCCCAUGCAGAUCGACACGCCCGGCGCACGGCCUCGCACCUACCAUGCACCGAGCGACCCACCCCCAAGCACACUAGGGCAUACCAAACGCCAGAGCAUAUCAUGGGACACUAAUUUGCAAAAGGACCUCAACCGGUUGGAGAUUGCCAGUCCAAAUCCUCCUCGAGAGCAAUGGCCGCAGUUUUCCGGCAGCUCAGGGGGCCUGCCUCCCACUACACGUCCCACGACUGCUCCCCAUCCGAGUUAUUACAGUGGCCCUCAACAGACGUUGCCCACCGUUCCGCAGUCUAUUCAGAUUCCUCAGGACGAUUUGAAACGGAGUUCGCAGGAGUCUCCCGCCACUCCAAGGAAGAACAAAAGACAAGGCUGGUAUAAUGGUCCCCUGGCCCCUCAACCACCCAGCGGACCCAAUGGACAGCCUGGGAGGGUCGUCCAGCGUACCUCUCCCGAGGAUUCGAGCAGCAGUGAAGGUGUUCCAACGCCAUCAGGCUCUUCCAUGAACGAGUACCAUCCUGCGAUAGUGCACAGCAACGGGUAUGUCGAGGCACUCCCUCCUGUCGUCCCGACGGAAGAGCAGAAACCUGGUCCCCCGACGUCCAUAAUGGAUCGGCCCCAUCCCAUCCAUCAACAGUAUCGCCAGCAUUACAGCCAGGGGCUGUCCAACUCGACAUAUCGGCCGCAGCGGGAACCUGAGACUGGCCCUGCAACAUUUGGUCCUCCCUUGCAUCAGGGUGGAGCGAACGACAUGCGACGUCUGGAAGCCUUGGUGGCAGUGGCCACAGGCGAACAGCAAGCCGUCGGCAAUCGCCAUUAGGACUGACGGGAUCUUCGAGUAUAACUAACACCGAUUUACCUCUAUCUAUCCACCUUUAGCCAUCACCAACAUAUAUAUUAUGUCACUUCAAGCACGACGCCAUGACGAUGAUACACACUCACGAAUUUACUUUGUUACCUUAACGCCAUUGAGCCUACGCGGAGUCUUUUCUGUUGCCAACGUUACAUGCCAACGCUUUUCUUUGGUUUUGGUGUUUUUGCCGUUUUACAGU